AUUACAGACUGUGCUCAAUCCUGCAUCGCUUCUGCGGACCUCGGCAGCUGUAGCGCAACCGACAACAGCUGCCUUUGCCAAUCACAAACCUACCUCGCCACUCUCAGCAGCUGCCUCGCAGUCUCUUGCACUGGCGCCGACCUACAACAGGCAGAGGACACCCUCACAAGCACCUGUGCUGCUGUCGGCUUGACAGUCUCUCUCUCCGUCACCCAAGCCUUGCCCGCUAGCUCCGCAUCCACUGCCAGCGGAACGCACACCUUUUCAACUACAACCGGAACCGUGCCGAACUCCUCCUCACCCACCGCAACCGACCCUGUCUCCUCCCGUCCGAGCUCAACCGCAAGUUCAACUACUCAUUCGACUACAUCUUCAGCCGCUCCUUCUGUGACCGCGGCCCCCGAUGCAACGUCCACCGAUAGCACGCCCGCCUCGUCGAGCGCGUCACUAAGCGUAGGAGUUUCGCAGACCCCCAUAGCCGCC